AUGGCAUGUGAGUGCGAGGCCAAGGGUCUCGAUGUUGCUGUCAAACAAGCUGAGGAUCGCAUGAUGCGAUCAAUAUAUAAUGAAAUUCGUUCCUGGGUUCGAGGCCACGCGCAGGACUACAUACUUGAAUACUUCCGUCUCCUUACCGAUCAACGUAAAACCGCCCAUGCUGCACAUAUGGAUCGAAUCACCGCCCACGCUUAUCACUAUUACCAUGCACCGCCUCAUCCGACACAGGUUGCUGAAGCGCAGGCCUCUCUAAAACGUGGCAUCGACGAAGACUGGCAAGCGAGUGUACAGCGCUACCCUGAAGUUUUGGAAUAUUUCUUUGGACUCGUUGAACUUACGCUACCAGCGGAGGAUGAGCCAGCAGUCAAGGAACCACCACUAGGCUCAUUGGCGAGUUCACGAAAAGUAAAUCGUCGGAGUGGCAAUCCGCCUCCUGGCGCUCCUGCUGCAAUUGGCCCUCCAGGGUAUCGUGGCGAUCCAGGCCAGAUGCAAAUGCAUCCGCAAGAGCCUCCUCCUAUGCCUCGAUCCGACCGUCGAACACCCGGCCCUGGAAUGAGGCGGCCAAACUAUGGGGCCGUUCCGCCGCCAAUGCCGGGCGGUUAUAACUUCCCUCCUCCUCCUCCACCUCCAUAUUAA